AUGAAUCUCACAGAAAUUAAAGAAGACGAGUUCUGCGCCCAGUCCUCCAACUUCUCCUGCUUUGAAAGGUUAUCAGUUACUGCAGUGGAUGUUCUGCUGUAUGUGUCUGCAGCUGCAGUUGUGUUACUGACAGUGUGUGGAAACCUGCUGGUGAUCAUCUCCAUCUGUCACUUCAAGCAGCUCCACACACCAACCAACCUCCUCCUCCUCUCUCUGGCUGUGGCUGACUUUCUAGUCGGAUUAAUUGUGAUGCCUUUCCACUUUAUCGGGUUGAUUGAAUCACACUGGUGCUUUGGUGCAGUAUAUUGCACUAUUUUUAAUGUGGUUGCCUUUUGCCUGACAUGUGUGUCAGUUUAUAACGUUGCUUGCAUUGCUGUGGAUCGAUACAUUGCUCUGUGCAACCCUUUUCUCUAUUCUACUAGAAUCACAGUGAAUGUAGCAUUGAUGAUAAUAUCUUGCCUCUGGUUGUAUUCAAUAAUCUACUACUUGAUUUUUCUUUAUUUCAAUGGAAAUAUCACUGACCUGGCAGAAAAUACUGAGUGUGCUGGAGAAUGUCUUGUUAAAAUCAGUGACAUAUGGGCUGUUGUUGAUUUUAUUUUAGUUUUUAUUGUGCCAUGCUCGACCAUAAUAAUUAUGUACAUGAAAGUUUUUGCCAUUGCUAAAAGGCAUGCAAAUAAUAUUAGGUGUGUUCAAGAACAAAAUAAUGCAAAGAGCACAAGGAAAAUGCAUUCAGUGGCAUCUGAAAGAAAAGCAGCAAAAACACUAGGAAUUCUAGUGUCUGCAUUCUUACUGUGCAUAAUACCUUACUACAUAGCUAUUUUCCUUUAUUUACAUAUGAGGAAACCUUCUACAUAUCUUUUACUUAUGAAUAUAUCAUGUUUGGGAUUUUUAAAUUCCUCCAUCAAUCCAAUCAUUUAUGCUCUGUUUCAUUCAUGGUUUCAGAAGUGUGUUAAACUAAUUGUAACACUUAGAAUAUGUUGUUCCGAAUCCUCACUGAUGAAUGUGCUUUCAAAGGACGCUUAA